GUUGUAGGGACCGAUGCCCAACUUGACUCCCAACGCUUUGACAUGACGUCCGUGCGGCCGCAACAUGCUGCGGCGGCGGCGGCCAUCAAGCCCUGGCAGUAUGCAUCAACCUGCCAUGCAUGUCGACGCCCGUUCGGACUCUUUUCCAGCCGCCACCACUGCCGCAACUGUGGCCACUCGGUCUGUGCUGUUCACUCAAAGUACAAAGUAGAGCUGCCGCUUCUGAAAGGGCCCCAGCGGGUCUGCAAUCAGUGUCAUAUGGCCUUGCUUGCGUGCAGGCCAAAGGAGCGCCAUGUGAUCAGAAGGGUGCCAGCGCAUCCGCUGCGGUCGCAAUCGGCGGCGUUGCGGCGAUACCCUUGGGAAACCCCACGCGAAACGAGCGAAGUGUUUCAAUGGGACCACGAGUCCCCACUUGACCCGGUGGCGUCGCUGAAGCAGCGCCGGUGGACCCCUGCCGACAACACAACGACCAAUUCGUCCGUUGCCAGGAGCUCGUCCUCGACCGCGUCGACCGCGUUGCAGAAAUCCAUGCAGUACUACAGCGCGCCCCACAUUGUCGAUCGAGGAUCUACCCCCAACGCCGACUCGCCCACGGCGUCCGGUAAUGGCGCAAACGAAGAAGCUCUCUGGCGCAUCUCGAGGACAUCAGAAAUGCCCUCACGUUGGACAGCCCAACUGAACCAACGCGCCCCGCAGCUCAAUUUAGAUCCAGACGACGUCGCCAUCGAGGUCGCACCACCGUGCAGCACCUUCGACUUCACCAAAUACUCCACUGCAUCGAGCGAUAUCAUGGACUUCGUCCCAGUGCGUCCCCACGCGUCCGAGUUGUCCCGGUCCCCUCCUCAAUCGGUCUGCCACACACGAGCAACAUCGCAUGACACCUCAGGUUUGCCCGACGUACCUACCAUGGCCAUCUUGAUCAUGCAAAAGCGAGCUUUGGAAGUUGACGUCGAGCGCUUACAAGCCAAGCUGGCGGACUACCGGGCAGCCGCUGCACGCGAAUGCAGAGCGCGGCGUCGCCUACGCCGCAGGUCAAAGGCCAGACGUGGUCACAUCACCGCUGCCAACGGAUACGUCGACCAAGGCGAGUACUUCUAUGCGCAGCUGGAGCUCAAAAAGGCCCUGGCACUUGAUGACAAGUGCUGGGCCACAUGGCAUGCGCUAGCCGAAUGUUUGUUGAAGUGCCACUGGCCUAAUGAAGCUGCGCUAGCGUGCCAGGUGAGCCUGGAGCUCGCGCGCACCCCUGUGGCAGUUGCAUUGCUCGGAAGGAUUCGACUGCGCCAGCAGAGGCUGAGCGAAGCCAUAGCUUGUUUCCACGAAGCUCUCGAGUAAUUUAUUCUGUCAGACCCAUUUCCUCCAUCCCUUUGCGUAUUUACUGCAUCGUGCGCUCGUACACCAAAAACAGCACGCCUCGCCACAGUCGCGUCGCAG